UUGCGGAUUUUUGUGGCGGUGCUAUAUCUCGCAUUUAACGAAGAUAAAGCCUCAGUAAAAACCAUAGGGGCCCUGCAUGGACCCAACGAAACCCCGCCCACAUAGCAUCACAACAUGUCUAUUUUCAAGGCGCGGGUCAAGGAAUUUGAGGAUGUUUUGGCGGGGCCGCAGGAUGUGAUUGACCUGAAGGAACUCAGGAAACUAGCCUUCAACGGUGUGCCCGAUGUGCAGAGUUUUCGAGCCCUCAGCUGGAAGCUUCUCCUAGGCUAUUUGGGUCCCAGGCGCAGUAGUUGGACCACGACCCUGGCCCAGAAGCGAGCCCUGUACAAGCAGUUCAUCGAGGAGCUGGUUCUACCACCAGGGCACUCAAGCAACGGAAGUGAAGCAGACGGCGGUGGAGAUGCGGACAAAGCCGAUUCGGGGGGCGUUGGCCUGCAAGAUCAUCCGCUGAGCGAGGGACCCGAGAGCGCGUGGAACACGUUCUUUAACGACAACGAGUUUCUGCUGCAGAUCGACAAGGAUGUGCGGCGCCUGUGCCCGGACAUAUCCUUUUUCCAGCAGCCCACCGACUAUCCCUGCGAGAUUGUGGUCCACAGCAAGGGAGAACACGGAAGAAGGCUUCACGAACGGGUGGUUCCCGCUGUGCUCAGCUCAGCGAAUGUGGAGCGCAAGGGCCUGGGCAUGACCAAGCAGCAAAUAAAUAUGAUCACUAAACGCUCCGUGGAGAACUAUGCUGCCAUGGAGGAGGGCCAAGAGGCCCACUGGGAGGUUGUGCAACGCAUUUUGUUUAUCUACGCCAAGCUGAAUCCCGGCCAGGGAUAUGUCCAGGGCAUGAACGAGAUUGUGGGACCCAUCUACUACGUAAUGGCCUCUGAUCCAGACCUCUCAUAUCGCGCCCACGCCGAGGCCGAUUGUUUCUUCUGUUUCACCGCCCUGAUGAGCGAGAUAAGAGACUUCUUUAUCAAAACCCUAGACGAUGCAGAGGGCGGCAUCAAGUUCAUGAUGGCUAGGCUAUCGAAUAUGCUGAAAUCAAAGGACCUAAGCAUUUAUGAGCUGCUCAAAAGCCAGGAGCUGCAUCCGCAGUACUAUAGCUUCAGGUGGCUUACACUGCUCCUAUCGCAGGAGUUUCCACUGCCGGAUGUGCUGCGCAUUUGGGAUUCCGUGUUUGCGGACGAACAUCGUUUCGAUUUCCUGAUUAAAAUAUGCUGUUCCAUGAUAUUAAUCCAAAGAGAAGCCAUUUUGGAAAACGACUUUGCGUCGAACGUGAAACUGCUGCAAAACUAUCCUCCUAUCGAUAUUAAUGUUGUGAUUACUCAUGCCGGUUCGUUGGCGUAGCAGACGUCCAUGCAAAUAUCCCCAAUGCCCAAAUGCUUGCAAAGCCCCAUUAGUUUGUCUGUUAUCAACGGAUAGAACCAAGCAAUCAACUACAUUCUAGUUAGCUCCAAUAUCCAAAACGCACCUUUACAGGAACUCCAAUAAGUAUACACGUAGUUACUUUUAUAUGACUUAAAAUUUGUAUGUCAUUAAAGAACGAAAUAAUUUUAA